AUGGCACAGGGGCCGUGCUCGCUGUCUCCUCAGCACUGGGGCCCGUCGUCGAUCCGUCCGACCGCCGCCCCUUCCAUCGAGGGCGACGCCGGUCCUGGAACCCCCUCGUCCCCGGGGGGGCCAGACGACCCAGAGCUGCACUACUCCCCUCUGUCGCCUUCUCGCAGUUGCUCGCGCUCGCGAUCGUGGCUUACUUUUCUAGUCCCUACUGCUUCAGUUGCCCUAUCCGUGCCGGUACUCCUCGUCGUAGGCUUCGCGCCCUUCUUCUGUAUGAUUCUCUUCAUCGUCGGUCUCCACAACGUCCUCCUGGCAAUGAUUAUGAUGCACUGGCUGUGCAUGCUGUUCAUCCCCUUGAUGUACAUCUACCUGUUUGAGCACUCGUUUGAGUACUACAAGCACGUCUGGAAGAUCCAGAGAUGCCGCUUUAGGCAUCAGUGGCCGUGGGGCCUCGGCUUCUGUCUCCUCGCGGUCGUAGGGCUCUUCUCAGGGUACCUCUUUAUGAAGGCUGUGGGUGGCUCCUGGUUUGCGGAGGUCGUGGAGGGCGCUCGCAGGAACUCUCUUUCUGAAGGCCUGGAUCUCCCCUUUCCUCUCCUCGCUAUCGGGGCCUUCUACUUCUUCGUCGUAAACCCCGUAGUGGAGGAGUGGUUUUGGCGAGUGUUCCUUUACCGGGAGUUCGGCGGGGCGGUCUUCGUUUCAGCUCCAAAUGGAGUUCUCUACAUGCGCGAGACAGACCCUCUCCUUCUCUCCUGGUGCGUUCAAGCGCGCCGGGACUCGGGCACCGGCGCCACAGCUGUUGCCGUCCCGCUGUCCCCUUUGGCUCAGGAUAAUACGCAUCCCGUCCGUGCGCCGUCCUUCACCCUCUCGCCCUCUCGUCUCCGCUCCGCCUUCGAAGAGGCGAAGGCCUCUGGAGUCCCAAAUAUCUCUGCGGCCGUGACCGGCGUCAUCGCCGCGACCGAUGUGGCUCAGGAGGGGAACGCAGACCAGGGCGCGGCGGAGCAGGGGGACGAGGAGGGGAGACUCCCGUCGGCGGGGUCGCGCGCAGGGGCAGAAGCACAGGAAGGCCCUCGAGCCUCGCGCCAAGACAACUCUUCCGUGUCGCGUGUUGCCCCCGGUGGGCUCGAGGAAGAAAGUGGAAAGUGGAACGAGGUCAGGCUGUCGGUGAGCGAUAGCGUCAGCACGCAGUCGCCCACGCUCAUCGGCAUGCGAUCUGCAGACGCCCCCGGCAAAGAACUCUCCAGCGCAGCGGUCGCCGCGCAAGCCCCCGUGGCGUUCGAUCUGGAGCGGCAGAUGGACGACUGCCGUGGUGGCAGUCCGCGGAGAGGAGGCAGCGCAGGAGAGCACGGAAAUCUGCGUCAGACCCCGGACAUGACUGAUGAAGAAGACCCCGAGAAGUGCCCGUCUCCAUCCGCGCCAGUGAUGACACACGUCGCGCCGGGCGUCCUGCAGGUCGACGUUCGCCUGUCAGCUGCAGGCCAGGUCAUGCUUUCCUUUUUCUAUGCUUCGUAUCAUGCGGUUGUCUUCAGCACCAUGGUGGGGCUGGCUUACGGGUUCGUCGCGCUCCCUUGCGUCACCGCUCUCGGUCUUCUCCUCAUUUUCUUCCGCAACAGCAGUCGAUUCGGCAUCCUCACUGGCGUCCUCACGCACGUCGGCGUCGACGCAGCAGUUGUCGUCAUCCUCGCUAACGUCCUCCGGUACUACUAA